AUGGAAGACAAACGAGAGCUUUUGAAGCAGCCAUUGCACGGGAUCUACAUCCCCAUAGGCCUCAUCAUCUUUGGUACGCUUAUGUUCGGCUACGAGUACUUACCCUAUUCCAUCGGGUUCAUAGUAGUUGUUUGUUCCACGCAGUUGUUUUUUGCCUACAAAAGACGUUCCUCUAUGGACAAGGUCAAGUGGCAGGAUUUUGAACUUGUUGACAAGACCAUCAUUGCGCCCAUGACUACGAUCUACAGAUUCAAGCUCAACAGAGAUGAUGAGGUGUUGGAUAUCCCUACGGGCCACCAUUUGGCCUGUUGUUUCACUAUAAACGGCAAAGAUGAAGUCCGCUACUAUUCGCCAAUCAGUAACCAGUUCGAUGCCGGCUUUUUUGACAUCAUGGUCAAACACUACGAGCACGGUGUCGUCACCAAAAGGUUGGCCCAGGUUGCAGAAGGGCAGACUGUCAAGUUCAGAGGUCCUUUUGGAAAGUUGGACUACAAACCCAACAUGGCUAAGGAGCUUGGUUUGAUCGCUGGAGGAUCUGGUAUCACGCCUAUUCUCCAGGUGAUCACGAAAAUCAUCACCAGCCCUGACGACACCACCAAGGUCAAGUUGGUUUUCGCUAACAAUUCUGAAAAGGACAUCUUGUUGAGAGCAGAAAUCGACGAAAUCGCUUCCAGAUACCCAGGCUUCUCCGUGGAAUACGUAUUGACCACUCCUUCCGAGGACUGGACCGGAAGCUCAGGCUAUGUCACCAAGGAAAUCGUAGAAAAGUUCUUACCUUCGCCUGAUCCCGAAAACAAGAUCUUUGUCUGUGGCCCUCCCGAAAUGAAAAAGUCGGUGGCAAAGAUCACCGCAGACUUGGGCUACCAGAAGGAAUCUGUUUUCUUCUUCUAG